CUGCACCUGCAUCCUUGCCUUUUCCAGAAGGGCCCAGUGCCCAGCUGCUCUGCUGCCUGCAGGAGGGGAAGGCUGUGGUGAGGACUCAGCAGCCGGGGUCUAGUCCCAUGUGCCAUCACAGGACCGUGCCAGCUCCAUCCCAGCCGAAAGUCCUCAUCUAUCAGCAUUUCUGAAAGCAAAGAUGGGCAGCACUCCAGCUGAGAAGUCCAUGAUGGCCUUGGUCGACCUGUUUCACAAAUACGUUGGGAGUGAUGAUAAGAUGGAUAAGCCGGGCCUGUCGAGGAUGGUGAAGGACCAUUUUCCCAACUUCCUCAGUGCCUGUGAAAAGAAAGGUAAAGAUUACUUGGGCAAUGCGUUUGAGAAAGCGGACAAGGAUAAAGAUGGGAAGAUUGACUUUUCCGAGGUCCUCUCUGUGCUGGGAGACAUUGCCUCUGACUACCACAACCAGAGCCACGGAGCAGAGCCCUGCUCCGGGGGAGGCCAGUGAUGCAUCCAGGCCAGGGCCUCCAGAAACCCCAGGACAAUAAAGUGUCUCCUCUCACCA